AAAACAGCCUGAGGACCCUCGGCUUCGACCUCAAGAGCCUCCUCACCACCGCCAACCUCCAGACCUUCGGCAUCCUCGCAGUCAUUGUGCUCGGGAUCCUCCUCAUCUUCGACUUCUUCAACUACGGAUACACAUCCUACGCCUACGGAGACACUUCCUCCUACACGUCCUACGGCAGGAGUCUGAUCACUUCCGCAGCGAAAGUGUGGGACCAGCGCGAUCAGCUGGGAUUCAGCAAUCACGUUCGUGGAGG